UCGAAGAUGAGGAUUCACAUUAUUUUAUUCGUAUUGCUAUUCGUUGCAGAUGAAAUUAAAUGGAGCAAUUCCGUUGAACCACCGAAAACCGUUACGUUAUCAGAUGGUGUGGCAGAAGAAUCCACGAAUGAUUUGGAUGUACAGAAAAUAUUGGUUGCUAUUAAGAAUAGAAAGUUUCAAGAUGAUGAUACCAAUUUACUGGAAUUAAUGAAGAAGGGAGUUAGUGAGGCGGCAAUGUUAAUUAAAGAAAAUCCAAGAGCAUCGCUUCAAGCAGCACAUAAAAAAGCCCAGAAUUUAGUUUCCAAUAUAACUGCAUCAUACACCCAGGCAAUCUUCAAAGCGAAGUCUCCAGCUGAAGCAAAGAAAACUCUGAAACGAUUCCAAAAAAUUAUUGAAAAAAUUGUGGAUUACACGAAAUCUGGACUCUAUUUGCCUACUGUUGCAGUUUUACCUCUACACUAGCCAACAAUACAAUUCAUCAGUCAUUAAAGAAAAAUGAAAAAUGGCGUUCUGCCCCGAUUUGAAUCGAAUCUGGCAGAAAAAAAUCAUGAAAAAUUGGUCUGAAGCAAUAAUUUAAACAUAAAAAGGUGCAGAUAAAGAGCUCACAAUUUAUUUCUUUGAAUUCAAGUCAGAAACUAAAAAAAAAUUGGAGCGCUGUUAAAAAAGCAUUAUAAAAAUUAUGAACUAGCUAAAAUUUGUAUUUUCUAUGUCACAACGACGUGAAAUAAAAAAACCUCUGAAGUAAAA